ACAACAAGAAAUGAUGAAAAUUGCUCGAUUCUUUCGAUGGCAUUGGUAUUAUGCAGACUUCGGAAGACUUUGUUCCUCUCCAAAAGCAAAGUAGAAGAAAUGUGCUACGCAUUAUUAGAUCAUUUUCAGUUGAAAGAAUAUGAAUAUAGUGUAAAACUGACAACUGAUCGUUACAUUCGAUUGCUUAAUAGUCAAUUUCGUGGAAUACACGGAGCUACCGAUGUGCUAUCGUUUCCAACUGGUUUAUUCCAACAAGGUCGAUUGCAACCUUAUUCAGCCAUUAUUCAAAAGGAGCUACAAAUGUUGCACAACGACCGUAUUGAUCAUUCCUUUGAAGUGCCUUUAGACUCUAACGUAGAAUUUCGGGAUAUGGGAGAUGUUGUCAUUUCGGUUCCUUAUGUAAAAAGAGUGGCUGAAAAGAGAGGAGUAUUACCAACUUAUCAGUUUGCUAGUGUAUUGGUUCAUGGGUUUUGUCAUCUCUUGGGUUAUGACCACGAAGAAGCUUUAGAUAGAGAUAGAAUGAACCAAGUCGAAAGAGAAUGUUUAGAUACCUUGACAACUUUAUUGGAUUGUCGUAGUGAAGACUUGAAACCUCUUACGUCUCAAUGGUUAUCACGUUGUUGCAACACCAACUGAGCGGCAAGUCAAAGCUUCACAAGUUGAAAGAAAGAAUCGACUUGUAGGCUCUUCUUUUUCCCCCCCCAAAAAAGGCGCUUUCUUUACAUUUUUUCUUUC